AUGACGACGCACAAAGUCCUGAUAAGCGACGGAGCUAGCCUUCACGUCAAAGUCCUCGGAGGAGACUCUCCCACCAAGCCACUCUUGAUCGCACUUCACGGAGCACCAGGACUUUCAACUCACGCUGAACCUGAAGCUACUUUUAAUUUUCUGCAAUCGAAAUUCAGGAUCAUAAUCUAUGAUGCAAGAGGUAGUGGUUACAGUUCACUGCAGCCACCAUAUACGAAUGAGAGAUGGGUUGCAGAUGUUGAUGAGUUGAGGAUCUGGGCUGGAGCCGACAAGUUCGUGCUUGCUGGCGGCUCAUACGGUGGAUUUGUCUCUCUAGACUAUGCUUUGAAGUUCCAAGGCAGACUACUAGCACUCAUCCUACGAGAUACCUGGGCCUGGGGAACUCGAGGCAUGAUGCGAGCAUUGAAGACCGUACUCACCUCAGACAAAGUGAAAGUUGACCCUGAACGUCAAUUCCGUGUUUGGACUGGCAUUCUGAAGGAUGAUCAAGAUUUUGCGGAUGCUGUUGCUGAGAUAGGUCCAUUGUAUGCUCCACCUGGUGCUGAGAGUGAAGAACCAGAGUGGAAAUCUCCAGCAUCUAGACCUGCUACGUAUGCCGCUACGCAAAACGCGGCGUUCUCUCAGGAGAUGCCGAAGUUUGAUGUUCGUUCAAGGUUGAAGGAUAUCAAGGUGCCGACGCUGGUCAUUGUUGGAAGGCAUGAUCUCAUCACUCCUGUUUCUGAUAGUGAGGAGAUCAGUAAUGGAAUUCCGAACUCUCAGUUGGCUAUCUUCGAAAAUUCUGGUCACACUCCAGGUAACGACGAGCCUGAAGCAUUUCGAGAACGAGUUCGUCAGUUCUUGUCGAGUGUAGAAUCGGAUUGA